AUUGAACGCGCUAACAAUAAAAGGUUAAUUUGUUUUCGCUCCACGUUCAUAUUUCAUGCAUCAACCUAUCUGAAUGACAUUGCUUGAAAUGAAUAAAAACCCCAAUAUCAAUUGAUUUGACGUCUGAUGAUGGAAUGACGUAUGUUUGAUGAAUGAAGUACAACACACUGUAGACUGAUUCAUGGAUCAAUCUAUAGAAGAUGUCAAGACUCUGACUAUUAGGGUGAUCGACCAUAUGUGUAAAAUCCCCUCAGACCAAGGAUAUAGUUCAAAUGAGUUCAAAUCAAUCAUUCACCUUUUCGACAGGAGUUUUUUUGCCAUCGAGAAUUCUAGAAACGUAGUGGAAGAUUAUCGCCUUUGGAUAGCUACAAAAGUGUUAUCUAGCGGUGAAUACCCCUACCGUCUUACUCAGAUCUUUACAAACUUGGGAGAAUAUUCCUUCGGAUCUCUGAGUGUUGGGAAAGAAUCCUACAAUGAACAGUACAUUGAAUUGCUAUCAUCAUUUCAGUUGACUCUGUGCAAUUAUCUUGAACUAAGUGAAUUACUGGCAGAGAAAAUGUCAAUGCAAGAUGCUUAUUUGAAGGAAAUAUAUCGUAUUCAUCAAGCCAUAUUGUCAUACGACGGAAUUUGUGCUGAAGAAAAGAAAAUCACGUUGGUGGUAGAAAUAGUUGUAAAAACCCUUUACAACAUGCUGCAACACGAAAGCCCAAUAAUAUGUUUUGCCUUCAAAAAGCAUAAUCUCAUAGAUAUUGUUACACAUUAUGCAAAGUCCACGAAUACUAAUUUGCAAAUAGCUUCUUAUCUAAGCUUAGCGUACAAUUAUAAUGAAGAAGAUCAGCUAAUACCUGGAGAUAACGAAAAUAUAAUUUUUUUGGUAAAUAUGCUCGCUUAUGCUCUUGAUAAACCCUCAACAAGGAUAUAUGGUUACUCAUGUGAAGAAAUCUUAAAAGGUUUGAGACUAUUGGCAUCUAGUGAUCAAAACAGACAGUUCAUAUGCCAGUCGGCUAUACUGCAAAGCAUCCAGUGCACUAUAAAAACACUGAAAGGAAAAGUAUUAGAAGAAGUUAUACUUUUUCUUUUGAAAUUAACACUCAACUCUGGAAUAAGAGACAGAAUAAGAAAAGACUUUGGGGUCGUAUUGAAGGAUUUAGACAUAUCUUUCAAAGCGGAAGAGUCUGAAACCUCAAACAACAUAAAGAAGGCACUUGAUAGCAUUUUAUGGCAGAUGAGUCAAGAUAAGAAUUCACUAGAUUAUGAAUCCAACUUAAAUUCUUCUACGCAACUUGAACAUUUAAUGAUAAGUUAUAGUCAUAAACAGAAAGAAAUUGCAAUAAAUCUUACAAAACAUUUAAAAGAAAAAGGAUAUAAGGUAUGGUUUGAUCAAGACAAUCUGAAAUAUGCUGCAAAUACAUUUAGAAGUAUGGCUGAAGCCAUAGAAAGAUCUUAUGCUGUAUGUAUUAUAUAUUCCGAAAAUUAUAAAAAUAGCGAAUAUGCUGAAAUGGAAGCAACAUAUGCAGUUUGUUUGAAAAAACUAAUUAUUUGUUUACGUGCACAACGUGACUACAAACCAAUGGGUUGGCUAGGUCUUAUAACUGCCCGAGAAAAUCGUAUUGACAUUUCUGGAAAGUAUCCAUUUGAUGAGUAUUUUUCUACUUUAUGUCGAAGAAUCGAUGAAUGCAUAAAAAUCAAAACGGACCAUUGUAGUUGAUCACUUGUUCAACUGGUAUUUUGAAAUGAUUUAAGUACUUUGUCAAUCUUUUAAAAUCAUGCAAUAUUAUUCAUUUGUUGGCUGCAAUCUUCUUCAUUAUUAUAACAAUAUGAAAGAAAUAUUUCUCGAUUUAAUCUUGACGUGAUUUCGGAAUGGACGAAAGAAUUUUACACUCCUGGCAACAAAUAACCUCUAAACAUAACUCACAGUGUGUAUAAUCAAAUUCAAACUUAAAACAAAUGUGAAGAUUGUAUGUUUUUGAUUUGAUUUUUUAAAUGACAUUGUAAACUACGUAUGUACACUGCAUACAUUUCAGUUAUCUCUAUGCAAGGAAUUAUGAGAGUGUACAGUUCCAUUUAUUUUAAAUCUUCUUGGUGGAAUGCUCAUGGUUUACUAGAUUUCAUUCUUUAUCUUUUAUUUACUUAUUGAAAUUUCUAUUUUACUGAUGAUUUCUUUCGAAAAAUUUCAUUACUUUGUUUAAAAAACAAAAUCAGCUUUCUUUAUCUUGGCUCAUCCAAGUAUCAUUGUUAAGCACCAGUGAAAAAGGUAUAUGUUACAUUGCAUUUAAUAGUGUUAUGUCUACAAAUAACAUAUUUUGAGAAUGAAGCAUAUUUGGAAGAAUUUUGUCAUGAUAAUGUAACUGUUGAAGUGUAACUUUUAUCCCAUAUUCUAAAUUAAACAGUUAUGGCUUAUAAAAAUUGAUCCGUUGAAUGUUGUUCAGUCCAAAAUUCUGUAAUGCUUCCAACUAAACAUUAAAUAUUUUGGUGAC